AGGUAGCACCUUAUUGUGACCUCGCCUCUUCCCAUAUGGAAAACGUCAGUCAGCUGAUUCCAAUGGAAGUGUUUACUGCACGUUUUGCGGCAGAAGCUACAUAAACAACAUGUAAUAAUAAAAUUAGAUUAACAAUAGUAUACGAAGCAAAAUUUGGUGAUAUAAGAUUGGUUUAAAAUUAAGUAGGUGUGCAGAUAACAUGUGUGACUCAGAUUUCACGGACUUCGUACAGAGAUAUCUGGGCAUUGAAUGAACGAUCUGAAUCGUAUCAGUCCCGGAAAGCGUUUUAAUAUCAGAUAUUAGUGACGCGUGAUGACUAUACUUGUCAGUGCAGAUAACGCAGAAGUACACGGCUGGGGUUAAUGAAGAUGUAUUAAUGCUGGAAGAUACCUGGCCACAUUGUACAAUUGAAUUACAUCUUUCGUAUUUCAGAACAAAUGGAUGUUGGAAUUGUUAAAGUUGCUGAGGAUAAGGACUUUGAGAAACUGAAGAAACUUGUUGAUGAUCACACUGGAUGGAAACUUGAUUACAAUAAAUCAACAACAAAAGUUUGGACAAAAUCUGUUCCAAAAACAAGCUUCAAAAUGAUAAAGAUUUGUACCUUUUUUGCUGAAGUAAGUCCUCAGCAGAUAUAUGAUGUAUUGCAUGAUCCAGACUACAGAAAGGUUUGGGACCAACAUAUGAUAGAGUCACGUGACAUUGGCUGCCUUAACCCAAACAAUGAUGUUGGAUAUUAUGCAAUGUCCUGCCCAGCACCGUUACGGAACAGGGAUUUCAUACUACAGAGGUCAUGGUUGGACACAGGACAAGAACAAUUCAUCAUUAAUCAUUCUGUGUUUCAUCGAGAUUUCCCCCCAAAACGGGGCUUUAUUCGUGCAACAUCCUACCUGACAGGAUUCCUGAUCCGUCCUUCAGGCCCUGCGGGCUCAGAACUUAGUUACGUCUCUCAGACUGAUCCUCAAGGCACACUACCUCCAUGGCUAGUUAAUAAAGUUACACAAAUAUUUGCUCCAAAAUUGGUGAAGAAACUCUUUAAGGCUUCCAAAGCAUAUCCUGAGUGGAAGAAACAAAACAGCCCUAACUGGAAACCAUGGCACAAUCCUGAGCAAAUGACUGCGCCACGCAUCACCGUUCAAGAUUGCAUCAAGACGUCAGACAACAUCUUCCAUGAGGGAGAGGAUUUGGAAGUAGAUGAACAGAGUUUUGGAUCAAACUUGAAUCACUUAGAUGAGGACAGUGAUUGAUGUUCUAAUAGUCGGGUGGUGCCAUUUUUACAGAAUGUGUGCGUACAUAUUUUUUUAGAACUUUUCCUUUCAAGUAAUAUGAAUUACUUUCCACAGUAUGAUUAGUGAUCACGUUGACCAUACAGAUUUCAGAUAUUUAUUGUGCUGAAGUAGGAAUUGCUAAUCAUUCUCUCGUUCUAAUGCAGAGACAUACAUCAAGUUAAUCACAUUCAUUACCGCUGCUCUGAGAGAAGGUGGUACAAUCUUGUACCAGUACACUGUGUAUUGAAUGAAUACAGUAUUAAGGUAAUCCAAAUAAGGGUAACCAUUGAACAGACCCAAGUGAUCAGGACUUCACUUCUUAUUAUCUUAGUUAAAACACAAAAUCUGAAAUGAUAUGAGAAGGAAGAUCAGUGCAUGCGAAGUGAUACAGGCAGCGCUUGAAUCCGGUUUUUCUGUUAGUGAUUGUAUGUGCGUGUAUUUGUAACAUUAGUUACAUAAUUAAAAUUGUACAAAAUUAUUAUUAGUGAUACGUUAGAAACUUCAAGGAUCACGGGCUGCAAAGGGUGUUGGCAGAGUUGUCAAUAUCUUACUGCGUAGGAAACGUUUAAUGUAAAAAUAAAACAUCAAAACGUAAUUUAUUAAAGACUGAGUUUAAAAGUCAGAUCUAUUGCUUGUUCUGAUCUUGCUGGUCUUGUAUGAGCCUAAAUGGAGUACUUUCUUUAAUAAUAAAAUUUGUAUGGGAAAUGAGGAUUCAGUGUCAUAAUGAGUGCAUCAUUAUGCUUGAAUUUUUAAAAUGGCAGCCAAUUUGAAGACAUGAGAAUGAUAAUGUAUAGGUUGCUUAUUAGAUCAUGUUAAGCAGAAUGAAAAUAUUUAAAGUAUUUGUAGAAUAUUAAAUUCUUGAAAUUCUAAACAUUCAUAAAAUAAUCUUUGACCUAAACCCUUCAAUUUUUAAAAUAAUUCCAUCCAAACACAGUUCGUUGGUAGACAGUCUGAAACGUGAGUUUAUUCGUGUAUCUCAUAGAUUUACACUACCUCAAUAAAUUCCAUAUUUAUCUCUAAAUAGCCUGACCUUUCCUCCUGUCAGCUAAGAUUCUCUGCAGAAAAUAGACAAAUAUUGAUACAUUUGUAAUCUUUACAUUAACUAACAGUCUACAGAGAAUGCAUCUUCGAGCUUCAGUUGAAUGCUGAGUAUAUAAAAAUGCGAUGCCUUCUCGAUUUACAACUGAAAGUUCCUUUUGUGUGUGAUUAUUAAAUGUGUCAUUUAUUUCCUGACGAUGGCGUCUGCAGUUUCUCUAGAUAAUUUUCAGUUAAGUUACUGAAAACAUAAAUAUGAAAUACAGAGUUUAUGUAUUCUGACUGUAAUAGAGAAGGAUAUUUAAAGCAAGACAUAUUUGUUACAGUUUGGAAAACAGACGAACCUUUCUUGUAACAUAAACAGUGAGACUGUAAUCAUAAAACUUGUUGUGUAGAUGGACUGUCAACCCAACCUCUUGUUUCUAAGGGUGACAGAGACACAUUUUUUCUGGAGUAAAUCUCUGCUGUAUAUAUUUUGUUAAUAUUACUUUCAUAAGUCAUUGUACCGGGGGGGGCAUAAAUGUCGUAGUACCGAAUUAUUUAACAGUAAUAAUUAUAUCUUGUGAUAAUGCUUAUGAGAAGGUGCUAAAACUGUGACUUCUAAAAUCUGAGUGACAAAUGAAUAAAUCAGCUUUUGUUAUAUGAAUUUUAUCUGAUGACAUUUUUUGGAUUUCAUUGUUUGUUGUGAUCAGUAUCAGCAGCAUAGUAUUAAAGAACUGAAGCAUUUGAAUAGUUUCUUUCUCUUCUUUUCUGAAAAGUGAUUAGGACUUAAUUUCCAUCACACAUCUUGUUAUGUAAUUGAAGGUUUCAACAAGUUUUAUGUUUGUGUUGAAUUCUUCUGAGUAUAAAUUUCUAAAAUAUGAAACUGUAAGAAGAGCGUGGAUUUGUAUACAUACAUGUACCCAUAUUAAAGUUUUGUCUGCCUGCAA